AAGAACAAUGACAAUGAAAGAAGCUGACUCGAAAAUCGACAUGUUAACUAUUAAUAAGGACCGGAACGGCUCGAUCGUUUCGAGCUUCACUUACAGGGGCAGUGUUAUUUUCCCAUUUUAAAGCAUCUAAAGUCUAGCUCAGCUUUAGAUCCAGUGGACAAGAAAUCUCAAUGGAAGUUACACCAAUUGUUGCCUGUCAUUUGCUGGCCAUGCCCUAUCCGGCUCGGGGCCACAUCAACUCUUUGCUCAACUUCUGCAAAUUGCUGGUCAUUAAUAACACUCAUAUUCUUGUCACCUUCGUCCUCACCGAAGAAUGGCUCCAUUUCAUCGGCUCCGAUAAUCCUGCACCAGCUAAUCUACGCUUCACCACCAUAUCUAACGUAAUUCCGUCGGAGCUGGUUCGCGGAGCCGACCAAGUCACCUUCAUGGAAGCUAUUAUGACCAACAUGGAAGCUCCCUUUGAGCAGCUUCUGGAUCGGCUAGAGCCGCCGCCCACGAUCAUCGUGCACGAUUCUCUCUUGUUCUGGGUAGUUGGCGUCGGAAAUAGAAGGAAUGUCACUCUGGCAUUGUUUUGGACCAUGUCGGCGUCGAUUUUCUCAGUGCUCCACCACCACCAUCUCCUGGAGCAAAAUUCUCAUUACCCCGUAAAUUUUUCUGAAAAUGGUGACAAACGAGUGGAUUAUAUUCCCGGAAUUCCACCAUCUCGUCUGGCAGAUUUUCCUCUCAACGAUGAAAGCCUGCGUACCCGGCGACUUAUGGAACUAGCAAGGGAAGGCAUUACAUGGACUCCGAAAGCACAGUAUCUCUUAUUUGCUUCAGUGUAUGAACUCGAGCCACAAGCUAUCGAUGUCUUGAAAGCAGACUUAUCUUUGCCCAUUUACACCAUCGGCCCUACCAUACCUUGUUUCGAUGCCGGAGAAAAAACCAAAUUGAACAUCGACACCACCACGGCUAGCCAUAGCUACUUACAGUGGCUAGACAACCAACCCAAAAAUUCUGUUCUGUACAUCUCACAAGGGAGCCAUUUCUCAGUUGCAAAGGGUCAAGUCGACGAGAUUGCUUCUGGUUUGCGUGAAUGCGGGGUUCGAUUUCUCUGGAUAGCACGAAGGGAGGCUUCUAGGUUGAAGGAGAUUUGCGGUGAGAAGGGGUUGGUUGUGGAAUGGUGUGAGCAGUUGAAAGUGUUAAGACAUCCUGCAAUAGGAGGCUUUUGGACGCAUUGUGGGUGGAAUUCAAUAAAAGAAGGGAUCUUGACAUUGCCAAUCAUGAUGGACCAGGGCUUAGACAGUGCGAUGAUAGUGGAGUGGUGGAAGGUUGGGUGGAGGGUGAAGGACGACGUCCAAGCAAACAGAGUGGUGAAAAAAGAUGAAGUUGCGGGGCUUCUGAAAAAGUUUAUCGAUAUGGAAAGUUAUGAAGGGAGAGAGAUGAGGAAAAGAGCCAAAGAGCUUCAGCACACGUUUCGUCGUGCAAUUGCAGAUGGUGGCUCUGGUCAAAAUGAUUUCAAUGCUUUUGUCAGGGACAUUACGAAUACUGCCAAGUGAUUUUUUAUUUGGGUGUGACCGUGUAUGGCGCGCCCAGAGCACAUGGAAUAUGAAAAAAAUAAAAAAUAAAAUAAAUUUUAAAGGUUUUUUUAUUUUUUAAAACUAAU